GAAAAAAGGAUCAGUCCAUUUGGAAUCGAAGAAACCAUGAUUUCGCAUUAAGAAACUAACACACUUCUCCCCACAUCCCAACUGUCUCCGUUUUAAGUUGCCGCACGGGAACCCCGUAUUACCUCCCGCCGAAGUCCAAGCUUGCGGGCGAACAAGAAGGAACCGUAGGAAUAUUCCGUCUGGGAUAAACCUAGUUUAGCCUCUGCCAAACUACAAUUCCUGGAAUAAACAAUAAAUGGAAAGCACUAAUGCGUUUUUUCUUCUUCGUAUGAAGAAAGCUCCCAUUUGGCAUCGGGGAUUUUUACAAGAGCCCCAGCUAAGAACUCCACCAUCCCUUUGCAUCCGGGAUACGAGAUGCCCUCCACACCUCGUUCCGGAUGUACCGCUUCUGGGAACCGCUAUUUUAAAUUGCCGGGGCCGGGUGACUAUCACCACUGCGCGUCAAAACGUGAAAAGCCCUAGAAAACCUUGGAAGAGAGCUCCAGGAUCACCCAUCUUUCCCACCCUUGUGAAGGUAUUUUCUAGAACGCGAACUAAUCCCAGAAAGCUAUCAGCUCACCGAAAGCGACCUCCCACCUCCCCCAAGUGCAGCCUUUUGAUCUAGCUAUGCAGUUCCAUGUCGCAGAUCACUUUAAAGCACAUCUAGAAGAUGCAAACUAUCAAAAUAUAAACUGGCAUCGAAAAGGGCAAAUAGGACAUAGCUACGUAGUUUUUCGCUAUAUGAUAGUGAGAGAUUUUG